ACCCCAACUACACAUCCUUGCCAAGCGCAUUUUAGCCCCAAACAGUACUUCCCCAGUUUCUGUUUAAUCAAUAACAAACUAAUUUAAUCUUCCAAACCCUAAGGUGGAAGACCAGUAAGUGAAAAAACCAACACACAGAAAUCCACAAAUUCCGAUUCGAUUCACCAGAAAUGGUGAAGAAAGGUGUACCAGAUUGGCUAAACAGUUCUCUGUGGUCAUCUUCAAACCCUUCAUCGGAAUCUGAUGAUCGUGUUAACAAUAAUAAUAAUAAUCAUCGUCAUUCUUCUUCUCCCAAAUCAACAGCAUAUAAUUUUAUUGAACCACCUUCUCCUCCUCCGAUCCAACCUCCAAUUCCUGAACCACCUCCAAAAAUUACUGUACAGAAAGUGGAAUCACCUGAAAAUGAUACAUCAUCAUCAUCGUCCUCGGUUAUUUCAGCUGAAGAAAUUUCUCGUCAGUCUCAACUAUUACAAGAGCUUUCAAGGAAAAUAGUUAAUAUACGUGAAUUGCAAAAAUUGGCAUCACAAGGAAUACCGGAUGGUGCUGGGAUUCGGCCUACUGUGUGGAAGCUAUUAUUGGGAUAUUUGCCAACUGAUCGUGGAUUAUGGAUGUCUGAAUUAGUUAAGAAGCGAUCUCAAUACGAGCAUUUUACUGAUGAGCUUCUUCUGAAUCCUUCAGAAGUUACUAGGAGGAUGGAGAAAUCUGCAUCGGGAAAUGAUGGCGAAGGGACUGGAAUGCUACCGAGGGCAGAGAUUACUCAGGACGAGCACCCUCUGAGCCUUGGAAAGACUAGCGUAUGGAAUCAGUUCUUUCAGGACACUGAGAUCAUUGAGCAAAUUGACCGUGAUGUAAUGCGCACUCAUCCAGACAUGCACUUCUUCUCGGGGGAUUCAUCCUUCGCAAAGGCUAAUCAGGAAGCCUUGAGGCGUAUACUGAUUAUAUUUGCAAAGUUGAAUCCGGGAAUAAGAUAUGUUCAAGGAAUGAAUGAAGUGCUGGCACCUCUUUAUUAUGUGUUCAAGAAUGAUCCAGAUGAGGAAAAUGCCGCUAAUGCAGAGGCAGAUACCUUUUUUUGCUUUGUUGAGUUGUUGAGUGGUUUUCGGGAUAAUUUCUGCCAGCAACUUGAUAACAGCGUUGUAGGCAUCCGUUCCACAAUCGGUAAAUUGUCACAGCUUCUAAAGGAGCAUGAUGAAGAGCUCUGGCGUCAUUUGGAGGUUACUACAAAAGUCAAUCCCCAGUUCUAUGCAUUUAGGUGGAUAACCCUCUUGUUGACUCAAGAGUUCAAUUUUGCAGACAGUGUUCAUAUUUGGGACACCCUUUUGAGUGACCCGGAGGGUCCUCAGGAAACUCUACUUAGAGUAUGCUGUGCCAUGUUGGUUUUGAUCCGCAGACGUCUAAUAGCAGGGGAUUUUACUUCCAAUCUCAAGCUUUUGCAGCAUUACCCUUCAACAAAUAUCAGUCACCUGCUUUAUGUUGCUGACAAAUUACGUGUUCGAUCUGCUGGACGCCUUUCAUAAUUGUUGAUUGAUUUUCUUCUGUUCCUUUGAAUGCCCUCAAAUUUAAUGUUUGUAAAAUUUGGUAGCUGUAAAUGUUUGCUGUGGUAACAUAAAUUUGAAGGAAAAAAAGAACAGUGCUUAGUAUCAUUUUCGUUUCUUUUUACUUUCGUAAGUUCUUAUUUGAUAGUGGUACUGCAUCUGUUCAGUGUA